UCCGAGCCCCCACCCGCCGCCGGCACCGGCACCCAAGGGUGGCUCCGGCACCCGCGGAGGGACCCGCUCCGAGCCCCGGGAGCCGCUCCGAGCCCCGGGAGCAGCUCCGAGUGCCCGGUACCCACGGGCGGGAGCGGUUCCGAACCGCGGCACCGCCUCGGUCCCGGCGCCCUUGGGGACGGGGGUCACGGAUGGUGGGGCCGGGGGGGCUCCCGGACACGCAGCUCCAGCCGUGACCCAUCGCAGUCAUCACCCGCGCCGGGACCGGGGGAUGCGGUGGGGGAAACUGAGGCACGGGCACGCGGUGCUUCGUACCGGGAGCCCUGCGCGGCUCUUGCCCGGUUCUGGCGGGCAGCGCGUCCCAACCGGAGCAGAGGGGACGGGACCGGCUCUCCCCACACCUCCCCGCGGGCUGGGGCUGGGGAAGGUCAUGGUUGCUUGAGGCUGGAGCAAGGAAACUGAGCACCCUCCCGUGCCUCAGUUUCCCAUCUGCAGCCCGGGUCUGCUGCGCGGGACAUCCCACUUGGGGGGUGGGCUUCAGAUCCCGCUCUUGCCCGCACCCAGCGCCCCCAGCCCCACAGGGACACCCCGCGUGGGUGCCACCCCCCAUUCCCACCCCAUGGCCCGGGGGGGGCACCGGACACUGCGGGAUUGGACCCCGCGGGCGCCCCGUUCCCCCCGGCUGCCGAGAGGCCGCGGGGAGGGGGAUACGGGCAGGAAAAUUCCGGUCGCCGUUGCCAUGGCUUCCCAUCAGGAUGCGCUUGCAUCACGGCCAGCCCGAGGGGCCGGGGCUCGGUCCCCUCGGGGCUCAGACCGGGGGGCUCCGGGCAGCGCCGCCGCCCGAGCAGGAGCGCGGGGGCGGGCGGGGGGGCUCCGGGCAGCGCCAGCCGCUGAGCGCGGUUUGGAGCCGGUGACGUCUGCUCCGGCAUCGCCGAGGGAGAAGAACGGGCGGCAGAGCGCGGGGCCGGCUCCGGGCAGCUCGGGGUCCCUGCCCGCCAUGCGCCCCCCGGGCCGGCCGGAGGGGCCGCCGGGGGCCGGGGGGCUCCGCUGAGCCCCCGCCAUGGGGCCGUGCCGCUGGCCGCUGCUCUGGGGGCUGCGCGCGGUGCUGGUGCAGCUGGCCGUGCUCGCGGCGGGGCAGGAGAGACCCCCGCGGCCGGCGGGAUGGCCCCCGGCCCCCUCCUCUUCGUGGGCGCCCACCGCGGAGCCGGGAGCGCCGGCGGACGGCGAGGGCUCGGCGGCAGCGCUGGCGUUCCUGCGCACGGGCGAUGCCGAGCGCCUGGCCCGGGCCAACUGCAGCGGGGCCGUGGCGGCGGCGGCCCCCGGGCCCGGGCCCCCCCCGGCCCUGCGGGCGGCCCUGCGAGCCGCCCCCGAGGCGCUGGCCCACGCCGCCAACUUCCUCAACAUGCUCUUCCAGACCAACGACAUCCGCGAGGCCAGCGUGGCCGAGGACGUGGAGUGGUACCAGGCGCUGGUCCGCAGCCUGGCCGAGGGGCACCCCUGGGUGCGCAGGGCGGUGCUGGCCCUCGACGCCCACCCGCUGGCCCCCAAGCCCCGGCUGAUGCUGCAGGCCACCAGGGGGGACGGGCAGAUCCUGCUGCAGGACGUGUCCGGCGCCGCUCCCAGCCUGGGCAACCUCAGCUGGGACAACGAGUGGUUCAACGCGCUCAAGUCGCAGCGGGAGCCGGCGCUGCGCAAGCGGGUGCUCAGCAAUGACCUGCGCAGCCUGGAGACCCCCAAGUGGCAGCGGGGGGACAGCUACGUGGGGGACCCGGGCCACGUGCGCUGGUCCCCGCCGUUCCUGGAGUGCCGCGAGGGUCGCUUCCUGCCCACCUGGGCGGUCACGCUCUCCUCCGCCUUCUACGGGCUCAAGCCCGACCUCAGCCCCGAGUUCAAGGGGGUCGUGCGGGUGGACGUGGAGCUGCGGGACGCGGCCAUCGACCAGUGCUCCAGCGGGCCGGGCUGGUUCUCGGACACGCAUCGCUGUGACCUCAACAGCACCCAGUGUGUCCCCCAGGAGAGCCGUGGCUUCGUCCUCGGGAGGUACCUGUGCAGGUGCAAGCCGGGCUUUUACGGGGCCGGCGGAGUGGCCAGCGGUGCCUGGGCAGGUGUGGCAGGGACAGAGGGGGGGUCCCGGCUGGGGUGCCGGCCGUGCCGCCCGGGCUGUGCCACCUGCGAGGACGACACGCCCUGCCUGAUCCAGGAGGACCAGGCGCUGCGGGCAGCGGUGCUGUCGUGCCAGGCCUGCUGCAUGCUGGCCAUCUUCCUCAGCAUGCUGGUGUCCUACCACUUCCGACGGAGCAAGAGGAUCCGGACAUCAGGGAUCAUCCUGCUGGAGACCAUCCUCUUCGGGUCCCUCCUCCUCUACUUCCCUGUGUUCAUCCUGUACUUCAAGCCCAGCAUCUUCCGCUGCAUCGUCCUGCGCUGGGUGCGGAUGCUCGGCUUCGCCAUCGUCUACGGCACCAUCACCCUCAAGCUCUAUAGGGUGCUGAAGGUGUUCCUGUCGCGCACGGCGCAGCGCGCUCCCUACGUGUCGAGCGGGCGGGUGCUGCGGCUGCUGGCGCCCAUCCUGCUGCUGGUGCUGUGGUUCCUGGCGGCCUGGACCAUCGGCACGCUGGAGAACAUCCGCAGGAACAUCCCGCUGGUCAUCCACGCCCAGACCGGCCGCGGCCUGCGCUUCUCCAUCUGCCACCACGACUGCUGGGAUUACAUGAUGGUCAUCGCCGAGAUGCUGUUCCUGCUGUGGGGCAGCUUCCUGUGCUACGCCACGCGCGCCGUGCCCUCGGCCUUCCACGAGCCCCGCUACAUGGGCAUCGCCCUCCACAACGAGCUCAUGGUCUCUGCCACCUUCCACGUGGUCAGGUUCCUGAUUGUCCCCUCGCUGCACCCGGACUGGACUCUGCUGCUCUUCUUCGCCCACACCCACGGCACCAUCACCAUGACCCUGGCCCUGCUCUUCAUUCCCAAGUUCCUGCACACGGGCUCGCCGCUGCGGGAGGAGAUCACGGCCGAGGUGUACGAGGACGAGCUGGACAUGCGGCGCUCGGGCUCCUGCAUGAACAGCAGCAUCGCGUCCGCCUGGAGCGAGCACAGUCUCGACCCCGAUGACAUUCGGGAGGAGCUGAAGAAGCUUUACCGACAGCUGGAGGUGCACAAGACGUGGCGGAUGGCGACCAACAACCCGCACCUGGCCAAGAAGCGCGGCUCCCGCCGCAGCCUGGCCCGCUCCAUCCUGCGCCGCAGCGGCGCCGAGCUGGCCGAGAGCGCGUCCCGCCGCAGCAGCGCCGGGGACCGGCCGGGGCCCCCGUCCCGCCGCAGCUCCUCGGCCAAGCGGCUGGCGGAUGCCGCCGGGAGCAGCCUGAGGGCGCGGGACGAAAGCUCCCGGCGCCGCUCCUCGGCCCUGCGCAAGUCCCGCAGCUCCGAGGGGCCCCCGCGGGAGCCCCGCCGAGGGUCGCCCGCCCCCAGCCCGCCCGAGGAGCCUCCGCCGGCGGCGGGGACGGACCUGGAGCAAUCCGACAGCGACUCGCUGGACGCCGCCCCGCUCCUGUGCAAAUCGGCCAGCGCCCAGAACCUGGCGGGGCACUGGCAGCGACCCCCGGCGCUGCAGAAGUCGCACAGCGUUGUCGCCGGGGCGCGGGAGGCGGCGCUGCUGGCCGCCCGCCGCCAGUGGCACGGCAGCCGCCACCUCUCCGCGCCGGCCCCCGGCCACACCGCCACACCCCGGAGCCCCGCCGAGAGCGGCCCGCAGCAGGACGAGCCCAAGGGGCACAAACAUGUCACCUACGCGCCCAGCAAGGGCGGCAGCGUUGACAGCGCCCACCCGGCCAGGAAGGGGCGGGUGACCGUGAAGAAAACCCCCCCUCCGCCCCCCGUCCGCUACCAGAGCCUGCAGCGCUCGGGGACGCUCGGGGACGGCGCGGAGCCACCCCCGGGCCCCCCGGCACAGGGGACAGCAGGGGACGAGCCCGAGCGAGCGUCCCCCCCGGCGGGGAAGGGCAGGCUGCUGACCCCGAGCGCCACCGCGGCACACGUCUGUCCCUGGGAGCUGGUCCAGGACGAGAUCCUGGGCAGGAAACAAAAAGCGGCCGAGGCAGCAGAGUCGGGGACCCCCGGUGACACAGCGGCCACCGCCCCCGGCCCCAAGGCCACCCCCGCGAGGAGUUUCCGGAGCCUGGGACUCGCCAUCAAAGCCCUGAACCGCUCCAGGGGGAAGAGCAUCCUGAAAGGGAAAAGCGAGGGGAGCCUCAGGAAGAGGGGCAGCAGCAGGAGGGAGAAGCCCGGCCUGGCAGAGGCCUCGGCCGCGUCCCUCGCUGCCAAAAGCCCCGAGGGGAGCGGGCAGAGCCUCGAGGCCCCCGCCCUGCAGCGCAACAACAACGCCGCCAGCCCCGGGGACAGCGGGACAGGAGGACAGCGGGACAGCCCGGCCGCGGGGACAGGCGGUGGGGACAAAGCGGCCGAGGAGCCCAGCGCUGCCCCAGGGGACGCGGGUACCGGCCUGGAGCCGCCCAGCGCGGGCCACCACGGAGCUGAACGUCCCCCGGAGCUGGCACGGGUACAGCGCCAGGAAGGGGACGAGGCUCCGGCAGCGGACCUGGGAAAGGGCGUUCCUGGGGGCAGAGCGGAGGAAGGGACACGUGAAGGGCCCGAGGGGAGCAGCAGGUCCUUCCAGCCCCGGGAGCAGCCGGAGCAGCCCAGGCCGAGCAGCGAGCGGGGCGCGGCGGGGGCGAAGCCGCGGGCCGAGCUCCGGCCGCCCGGAUGGCUCGGGGGGCCCGCUGCAAGGGCAGCCCUGCUGCGCCAGGAGGCGAUCGCGCCCCGGGAGGACGAAGGGAGCCCCGAGAGCCCGGAGAAGGCGCUGGAAGAGGGGAGCAGGCAGCCCGAGCCCGAGCGGGCCCCUGCAAGGAGCUGGAGCGGGGCCGGGAGCGCGCAGGGAGAGCUCGGUCCUGGGGGAACGCGGCGAGACCCCAGCUCCCAAGCAGGAAUCUGCCCUGGGAAGGGCGGCAGUGAGGGGGAUUCUCAGCGCCCUCCGGGCGUGGAAAAUCCACCAGAGCUGCCGAAAGUGGCCCCGGAGCAAGCGGAGGGCAGGAGGGCCGAGGUGUGCCCGUGGGAGAGCCGGGAACAGGGAAGGAGUGUCCGAGCAGAAAUCUGCCCCUGGGACACAGAGGGGGCUCCGCCAGAGCAGGGAUCCCCCAAAUCUGGAGGUGUGGAGCAGCCUGGGAUGGGGCUCGCAGGGAAACCCCCAGCUCUGCCCAAACCCUCAUCCCAGCGGGCUGGAACCACGGAGAGCAAAAAGGCCAACAUCUGUCCCUGGGAGGUGGAGGAGGAGCCGCACCCAAAACCAGAGAUCUGCCCCUGGGAAGAGGCUGCAGCUCCGUCGGGGAAGGAGAGAUCGAGGCAGGACAUGCAUGGCACUUCCAAAGGGAAAGAAAAAGUGGGAUCCAGAGCACUGGAAAAAGGAGAGCAGCGCCCAGACAAACCCCUGCCCAAAUCCCCUUCAGGGAGACCCCAGAGCUCAGAGAAGGCAGAGAUCUGUCCCUGGGAGUCUCAGGGCUCUAAAUCCAGUGACAAAGCUGAAAUCUGUCCCUGGGAGGUGGCUGAGCCUCAGGUGGAGAAGGGAACAGCCCCUGGUAAGGAGAAGCUCCCAGGAAAAGACGAGACCAAAGCUCUGGAGAAGGGGAGCAAAGAUCGAGAGUCCAUCUGUCCCUGGGAGAGCCUGGACACGGAGCAGCCCCCAGCCAAACCCCACACUGGGAGCUCAGCACUGCCCAGAGCAGCCCCAGGGAAAUCCCAGAGCUCAGAGAAGGCAGAGAUCUGUCCCUGGGAGAGUCAGGACCUCAAAUCCAGUGACAAAGCUGAAAUCUGUCCCUGGGAAGUGGCUGCACCUCAGGUGGAGAAAAGAAAGGAGGGAAAGGAGAGACUCCCAAGGAAAGAUGAGACCAAAGCUCUGGAGAAGGGGAGCAGAGAGAGGGAAUCCAUCUGUCCUUGGGAGAGCCUGGACACAGAGCAGCCUCUGGUAAAACCCCACACUGGGAGCUCAGCACUGCCCAAAGCAGCUCCAGGGAAAUCCCAGAGCUCGGAGAGGGCAGAGAUCUGUCCCUGGGAGGUUGAAUCCAGUGGCAAAGCAGAGAUCUGUCCCUGGGAGUCUCAGGACAUGGAAUCCAGCAGCAAAGCCGAGAUCUGUCCCUGGGAGGUGGCUGCACCUCCCUCCCAGCAGCCAGAGGCAAAGCAGGACCCUGCUGGGGGCUCCAAGGGGGACAAGCGCAUCACGCGCCAGGCAGCGCUGGCCAGCCCGGAGAGAUCCCUGGAGAGCAGAGACAGAGCGUCUGUCUGUCCCUGGGAGAGCCUGGACACGGAGCAGCCCCCAGCCAAACCCCACACUGGGAGCUCAGCACUGCCCAGAGCAGCCCCAGGGAAAUCCCAGAGCUCAGAGAAGGCAGAGAUCUGCCCCUGGGAGACUGAAUCCAGUGACAAAGCUGAAAUUUGUCCCUGGGAGAGUCAGGACCUUAAAUCCAGUGACAAAGCUGAAAUCUGUCCCUGGGAGGUGGCUGAGCCUCAGCUGGAGAAGGGAACUGGCCCAGGUAAGGGUAAACUCCCAGGAAAAGAAGCCUCCAAAGCUCCGGAGAAGAGCAGCAAAGAUCGAGAGUCCGUCUGUCCUUGGGAGAGCCUGGACACGGAGCAGCCCCCGGCCAAACCCCACACUGGGAGCUCAGCACUGCCCAGAGCAGCCCCAGGGAAAUCCCAGAGCUCGGAGAGGGCAGAGAUCUGUCCCUGGGAGACUGAAUCCAGUGACAAAGCAGAGAUCUGUCCCUGGGAGUCUCAGGACUCUAAAUCCAGUGAUAAAGCUGAAAUCUGUCCCUGGGAGGUGGCUGAGCCUCAGCUGGAGAAGGGAACUGGCCCAGGUAAGAGCAAACUCCCAGGAAAAGAAACAUCCAAAGGUCUGGAGAAGGGGAGCAGAGAGAGGGAAUCCAUCUGUCCCUGGGAGUCUCAGGGCUCUAAAUCCAGUGACAAAGCUGAAAUCUGUCCCUGGGAGGUGGCUGAGCCUCAGCUGGAGAAAGGAACUGGCCCAGGUAAGGAGAAGCUCCCACCAAGAGAAGCCUCCAAAGCUGUGGAGAAGGGGAGCAGAGACAGAGAGUCCAUCUGUCCAUGGGAGAGCCUGGACACGGAGGAGCUGUCCCUGAAAUCUGCAGUGGGGAAGGAGCCAUCCAAGAAACCCAAGAGCACGGAGAGCAGGAAAUCUGAAAUUUGCCCCUGGGAAGCAGCAGAGCCCAUUGGGUUGGAGGAGGAAACCUCCCAGCCAGGUGUGCAGCCACAGGGAGCCCAAGGAGGUUCCCCUGCAGGGACGGGACAGCCAGGAGCCAGCGAGGUGUCUCCAACACUUCUGGAGAAGUCCAGGGGCAGAUCCCACGGGGAAGCCGAGCACAAGCGCCUGUGCCGGCUCCUGCCCAGCACCCAGCACCCAGGGGAGGGCAGCAGCUCCAGCCCUGCCGCUGGCCUGGCUCAGCUUUGUCCUUGGGAAGCUGGAGAGGCUCCAGCAGCACCUGCCAAGCCCAGUUUGGACACGAGGAAAAGCUCUGAGGUGUGUCCAUGGGAGGAGGAGAGCAUGGAGCCCUCCCGGACCCAUCCUGGGCAGGGCAGAGCCCGGGAUGGGGGUGGGGUGUGAGGGGACCCCAGCACCAGCAGCUCCAUCAGCCAUGGAUCCAUUCAUGGAUCCACCCCUGGAUCCAUCCACCCAUGGGCCCAUCCCUCUGUCCUCCCCCUCCAUCCAUCAUCCAUCCCCCCAUCCCUCCCUGGAGCUGGAGGCUGCUCCCCCCUGCCCAGCUCUGGUGUUGGACUGGGGGGUCUGGGGGUGUGAGGCUGAAGGUCCUGGUUGUGUAAUUUUGUGUAAAUACAGGAAAUAAACGGAAUUAUCUACAGAGUGUGCUGGGAGAGGCUCACUGUGAGGUGGGGAAGAGCUGGGAUAUCCUCAGGGGAGAGAGGAAAUCCAGCAAUGGA